UGGAAGUGAAAAACUGACAUGUAUUAAUGUUUUGGUUAAAUGUACUGGUGAAUCCAGGUAUAUCUAGCUUUUAAGUAACACAAAGAGCUUCAGCUUGUUCCGAAAUAAAAUUGACCCAACAACAGUUAGAGAAUGCAAACAAUGCGGCUGAUGCUUUCCAAUUCCGACAACAGAUCUCUUAUCAGGCUCUCUUCAUAUUUGUAUUCUUAUUUUCGGACACCAUUGAAUUUUUUCUCACUAUCAGCACCGUCUCGUGCUUCCUCAACCGCAACCAACUUGUUCACAUCUCCGUGGUCUUCCUCUCAACGUCGGGGAAUCAAAAUUAGAGUUGGAAAUAUCAUUGGAAAACAAGGGCGCAUUUACGAGGUUCUUAAAGUAGAUCACUCUCAUGAAGGAAGAGGAAAAGCCACAAUCAAGGAAACCUGCUUUCCUCAUUUUUCUGCACUCUCUUUAAGAUUUUUCUUGACACACACAAAUCACUCCUUGGGAGAAAAUCUAGUAAUGCCUUAAUUUUAUACUUGCUUUAUUCCAUUUAUUCUGGUGAAUUAGAGGAAAAUUUUCAUCAGUAAUUUGACAAUUUUCUAUUAUCUUCACAUAUAGAAAAGUGGUGAACCCAAGUGAAUAGAAAACUAGUUGUGUAGAUGGGUAACAAUUACUUAUUUAAUCAUAGUUAAAAUAACUUGUUUUAGAGUUAAGAUUUCUGGACCCUAACAAGUUAUAUUAUCCAUAAUAAAAGCAUAUAUUUUAUUUUUUUUUAGUUGAUAUGUAAAUGCCAAAUAGACAAUAUUUUAGUUGGCAGCUACUUUCUUUCAUACUAUUUGGUAGCUGUCAGUAAAUAAGUUAGACUGUUGUAUUCUAGACAACUGAAUCUAGACUGAAUGUAGAUAGAUUGAAAUGAUAGUCAAGUGCAGAGCAAAGUUUCCUUUACCUCUGUUUCUCUCCUCUUCUCUCUAUCCUCUAUAUUGUGUUCUUCCCUUUUCCCCUCUUCUUGUCUUCUCUGUUCUUUCAUCUUUCGUACCAAAAAUUCUAUAUUAUGACUCAUCUUGAUUUAUUUAUCUGUAAAUUUACUGGCUUGAAUCCACAUGUUAAAAUGCAUGUGUAUAUACGCUGUUUGCUAUUUACAAACUCACUUGGACUGUAUCGAAAAACCAACAAAGUGGUAAUGGACAAACUUACUUCGAUACACUGUUAAAUGAUAAACUAAUAUUUUUUUCAUGACCUUACUAUAGAUGUUAUACAAAAUCCCAAAUAUUCUUAUGAUUUGAUUUGGUUGCAAGGUGAGAAAGUGAAAGAGAGUGAUCAAGGAGUAACAACAAAGUUUGAUUUGAGAAUCUAAGUAUUCUGCUAUUUUCUCUAUAAUUGAGCUAUACAAUUUGUAGAAACUGAUGAGACAUUGGCUGGUAGUUGUUUCGAAUGAUAAUGCAACCAUUUCUCCACUAAUUUGCUACAAACAAGUUUACUGAACUUCCUACAACAACUAACAGUGUGCAAAAGCACGAAUGAGAUCUACCUAGUAAUAGAUGUUAUCAAGUAAUGUUUUCUUUAGAGGGUGUACAUUUAGGGUUUGAAUUUUUGUCCUAACUAUUUCUUAUUUGGUGUUUUUAGAAACUUAUUACAUGGUUCCGUAAAAACUGAAAACGGAGAAGCCCUUGUCUUGUAUUUAGAUGACACCACCUGUCUGUCAAUCUUUAUUUAAGGAAAUACAACAAUUAAAGGGAUCUUACUAAUGCUUCUUGUUAUCAGUAAAAGUUGUAUGUUGUUACUCGGGACUCUCUCCAAUCAACUACAUUUGUAACAAGACUAGUUUGUUGAUACUAGGUGGAGCUUCGCGUGACAUUGGUCAGGGAAACAAGAUAACACAAAGAAUGGGUACUGAUGA